AACUGAGUUUGAAAAAGGAGGUGUCGUGCUUGAAAGAAGAAAAAAAAGAACUUAACAAGCAAGUUAGCACGCGACCACGCGUAGACGCAUGAUUCCGCACCAGGCAUGGCAGAAUGAAUCCAAAACCAAAAACACUUGAAAUGAAAUGAAAAGAAAAGCUUUCCCUCACACUCACACUUUACUUCACUCUUAGUAUAUAACAACACCUUCUCAUUCCAAAACCCAUUGCUCCUCGCACACUCUACUCAACCAAGGAUAGUGGAUGGUCUGAGCUUUUUGCCAUGGAAGCAAGAGAACAUGUUGCACCAAAAAAACCAAUCCUUACACCUAAAGCUAUAAUACACCAAAAUUUUGGCAGUAGGGCUUGCUAUGUGGUAGAGGAAGUGAAGGAGGCUCCUCAAACUGAAUGUCCAGGAUUGAAUAUUCCACAAAUGGGUCCCUGCCUUUACCGUUGCACAUUGCAGCUUCCAGAACUUUCUGUUAUUUCAGGAACCUUUAGGAAAAAGAAGGAUGCAGAGCAAUCUGCAGCAGAGAUUGCUAUAGACAAGCUUGGCAUUUGUACAGAGACCAUUGAUCCCACUCCACAAGAAGCACAAGAAAGUUUAGUAUCUCGAAUCACCUACAUAUUUUCUGAAAAGUUUGUUGUAUGUGAUCAUCCACUCAGUGGUCACAUUCGAGCAACUUUGUGGAGGAAAGGUGAUCUUUGUGGUUCCAUUCCUCUUUCUGUCAUUGCUUUCUAUGAUGCAAAGCUUUUCAACUUGUGCAAAUGUAUUAAUCCUGAGGUGGAGUCAAACCCAUUUUUAGUUAUUUCAUACAUAAUGAGGGCCACUGCAAACUUACACCAGUUUCUUGCUACUUCUGAACGGCAUCUCUGGAUUAGAAGGCUGAGUCCAUAUCCCCAAGAUAUUAUAGAGUCAUUGAUGAAAGAACAUGGUUCACAAAAAUGCAUACAGGUUACUGCUGUACACAUUCCUAGUUCAGUUGAACAAUCGAUUGAAGCAGUGACUCUUCAUAUUUCUUCAAGAGAAUACUACCUUGAUAUCAUUGCAAAUGAACUUGGUUUUGAAGAUGCUGCCAAUGUUCUGAUUUCAAGGAAUUUGGGUAAAGCUUCUUCUGAGACAAGACUGUUCUUUACUGCUCCAAAAUCAUAUCUACCGGAUCUAUCUUCUAAAUUUCCAAAUGGAAAAGAAACUCUUUAUUUAAAGGGAUCUCUGAAUGUAAGGGCAAGUUACUUUGCCGGGCAAGAUAUAACCGGUGAUGCAAUAUUAGCAUCCAUUGGAUAUACACGGAAAUCUAGAGAUCUUUUCUAUGAGGAUGUAACGAUUCGGUUAUAUUACAGGAUGCUUCUAGGGAAGACCCCAGGCGGGAUUUAUAAAUUGUCCAGAGAGGCAAUGCUUGCAUCCGAGUUGCCAUCAAGAUUCACCUCAAGACCAAACUGGAGAGGUUCUCUUCCCAGGGAUAUACUUUGUAUGUUUUGCCGCCAGCACCGUCUGUCUGAACCUCUCUUUUCAUUUCAUCCUAUGAAAACAACAUCUGGAUUAUCAGGAUCAUGUUUGAAGGUUGCAGAAUCUGGUGAGAAUGUGAUUGAGUGUGUCAAUGGGUUCUCUGUAACAAGUCCAAAGCAUUCAGAUUCUGAGUUGUUUAAAUGUGAAAUAAAAUUACUUUCUAGGUGUGGAGAUUUGAUACUUUUGUGUUCCCCAAAAGAUUGUUAUAAGAAGCAGAAUGAUGCUAUUCAGAAUGCUUCAUUGAAAGUUCUAUCAUGGCUGAACAUGUGUUUUAAGAGUAUGAUUCUCCCUUUUGAGCAGCUUUAUGAGACUGUAGACAACUUUAAUAUUCAGAUCUAUUCCAAAAACAUUAUCAGAGAUCUUUUAGCAGGCCAAUCAACUCACAAUGGUCAGCUUAAUGGAAUUCAUUGCAAUAAGUUUGUUGAAUCAAUCUAUAUGAAUUCAUCAUAUGACAUGCUGGGAAAUAUAGUGGACUCAUUAAAGAUUGAAGGUCCAUAUUCUGGGGUGUGUCCAUCCAGUGGAUCUUUACCUUGUAUAAGGUAUUCAGUUUCUUUGGCUGUAGAGGGUGAGAAUCUGAAAGAAGUUAUUGAAGUUUGUGAUGAGUUUGAGUUUGAAGUGGGAGUUGGUGCUGUGGUUUCCUAUGUUGAGGAGGUUGUGAUGCAGAUGUCUGUUGGUCAGUACGCUUAUUUCUCUACAAACUUACUUUCUACUGAGUUGAUUUUUGCUGCUUCAGCUGGUGAUUCGGUCAAAAUGCUGUCCUCGUUGAUAUCUAAAAAAUGUUGUAUGGAAUAUGAAAUAAGUUUGAUCAGAGUUGCAGAACCUCCUGAGGAAAGAAUGGAGCAGGCUCUUUUCAGCCCUCCACUUUCAAAGCAACGAGUGGAAUUUGCAGUGCAACAAAUUCUAGAAUCCCAUGCUUCUACUUUGAUUGAUUUUGGAUGUGGUUCUGGAAGCCUUUUGGAAGCAUUGUUAAAUUAUCCAACAUCUUUAAAGAAAAUGGCUGGUGUAGAUAUUUCACAGAAGGGUCUUAGCCGUGCUGCAAAGGUUCUUAACUCAAAAUUAGUCACAAAUUCAGAUGCUGGUGGGCACUUGACAAGCAUCAAAUCAGUAAUUCUUUAUGAAGGUUCCAUUACAAAUUUUGGCUCUCAGUUGCAUGGAUUUGAUAUCGGUACUUGUUUAGAGGUGAUUGAACAUAUGGAUGAAGAUCAAGCUUGUCUAUUUGGGGAUGUGGCAUUAAGUUUUUUUCGUCCAAGGAUUCUCAUUGUUUCAACGCCAAAUUUUGAAUACAAUGUAGUACUCCAGAAGUCGAGUCCUCCAACCCAAGAACAAGAGGAAUCAGACGAGAAAACCCUCUUACAAUCAUGUAAAUUUCGUAAUCAUGAUCACAAAUUUGAGUGGACCAGAGAGCAGUUCACACAAUGGGCAUCUGACUUAGCUGCUCGGCACAAUUACAAUGUGGAGUUUGGUGGGGUCGGUGGUUCUGCUGAUGUUGAACCCGGCUAUGCUUCACAGAUUGCUGUGUUUAAAAGGGAUUGGAAACUUGAAGAUGAUGUACUAAAGCAUGCUGAUGAACACCAUUAUAGUAUAAUAUGGGAAUGGAAUAGUAAAAAAGAAUAAAUUCUUUGAAACUAUUCAGUGAGACUCGUAGAGUUCUUUUAGGUAAUCGGAUUGCUGGUGCUUUUGAAAUCAGACAAGCAAAGAUAGAUAGGAUGCUAGGAGAAAAGAGCUAGAGAAUUGAGAGGCUUAGGCAGGGCACUGAUUAGAGAAAAAGGAAAUAGUUUUUUUUUUGGUCAGCCAGAAAAGGAAAUAGUUGAUAAUAGUAUUUUGUCAUUCGUUGCAUUUCUCAAUAUUAUUAGCAUAUUGCAUCUACAUUAUAGGUUCAAUAAAGAAUAUAUGAUUUAAAAUUAA